AUGCACGAGGAAGAAACAUACGCCUCUUUGCAGUGGGAUAAUCCAACACCAAACCCUAACGAGAAAUGUCUGUCUGCCACCAAAUGUUCAGGAACAUGGUAUCUUGUGAUGGGGAUUUCAUGUAUUUUCUGCAUAGGAUUAUUAACAACAUCCAUUGUCUUGGGCAUCAAAUUGUUCCAGGUGUCCACUCUUGCUAUGAAGCAGCAAGAAAAACUCAUGCAACAGGACAGAGCAUUGCUAAACUUUACACAAUGGAAGAGAAACGAUCCCCUUCAGAUGAAAUAUUGCCUAACCUUGAUGAAAAAUUCUCUUAGUUCAGCCUGUAAUUGCAGCCCUUGUCCAGACAGCUGGAUUCAGAAUGGAGAAAGUUGUUACCAUGUAUUUGAAGAUUGGCAAACUUGGCACACCAGUAAAGAGAAAUGUUCAAAGGCCGGUUCCACACUUCUACAAAUAGGCAGCAAAGAAGAAAUGGACUUUAUCACUGGCAGCUUGAGGAAGGUCAAAAGAAGCCAUCAUUACUGGGUGGGGCUGUCUCAGGGUGGACCCGCCAGCCCUUGGCUUUGGCAAGAUGGCUCUGUGCCUUCCCCUGACCUGUUACAAAUAGAGAGAUUCCAAUCAACUAAUCAGCUUUGUGGAUACCUCAGAGACAAUUCCUUUUUUUCAGCUAACUGCAGCUUUUGGAAGUAUUUUAUCUGUGAGAAGUAUGCGUUAAUAUCCUCUACCUGAAAGAAAU